CAACCACAAUCGCUCAAGUUAUCAAAUUGAUCUACGCCGCCAUGAGUAUCGCACCGCUCUCCAAGGAGCUCACAAUGCCCGAUUUUGACAUCGUAGGCGCGUAUCGCAGAAUACUCAGCGAGGACUCUGAACUGACAAUGCCCGUCGCCGCAAUUGAGGCGCUCGUCGAGGCCAUCGCAGCAAGCUCCGUUUCCACCGUAGCAGAGACUCUCGACCUUUUAAGCAACCUCACUUCCAUUCUCAAAGCUUCGAUCGCAAACCCCAUCUCCUUGUCGGCAGGUACCGAUCUUUUCCAGCGAUACCUCAUCACCACCCUCAAUCGCCCCGCCGCUUUGAACCUAGGAUCCAACGACGAUUUCAAAAUCAUAAGGAACCACUUAAUCUCGAAUGGCAAUCUGUUUGUGGAGAGGGCGAAGCAGAGUAGGGAGAAGAUUGCGAGUUUUGGCACAUCUUUCAUCCGGGAAGGCGCCACUAUACUCACCAACGGAGGCUCUAGGGUCGUGGGUGCUUUGUUGAGGCGGGCCGCCGAGUCUAGCACUAUGCGAUUCAAGGUCAUAUACGUCCUAUCGUCCUCUAGCUCCGCGGACGCUGAAGGUGGCCGCAAGACUGUGGCGGACCUGCGUACGCAUAAUGUACCGGUCGCUGUGAUUCCCGAUUCCGCAGUGGCGUAUUCGCUCGGCAAAGUGGACAUGGUCAUUGUGGGUGCCGAAGGUGUCGUGGAGAACGGAGGCAUCAUAUCUAGAUUGGGGACGUACCAGAUGGGUCUGCUGGCUAAGAGCAAAGGGAAGCCAUUCUACGUCGUGGCCGAGAGCCAUAAAUUUGUCAGGCUGUAUCCGCUGAAUCAAUUCGAUCUUCCCAUCGACCAAAAGAUAUUAGACUUCAGCAUAUCGGAUGAUGUUAAGGCGGUUGACGGCGCAAAAGUCGCCGAGGAUGAGGGCGUUGCAGAUCUGGGCAGCUCGGAGCCUAAACAUUCUGCGCACACCGCUGCGAACGCUGUUGAUUUCACUCCUCCCGACCUCAUUUCAGGCAUUAUCACCGAAUCUGGCGUCCUCACACCCUCCGCCGUGUCCGAAGAGCUGAUCAAGAUUUGGUUUUGA